AACGAGUUUAUUGAAGCCAUACCAUUGCAUUUAUGAAUUCUCAUGGGAGCCUAUUAUGAUGAAAACAUCAGCCAUCGAAUACGUGAAAGAAAUGUUUUAUUUAUAAGUUUUCUGUAUUGAAAUGUGCAGGCUAUGAGUAGCGUUCAAAACAUCUGGCGGUUCAAAAACAAGCAGAGGAGAGCAAGAUAAAAGUUUAUAAAUAAAGUUUCUCGUUUUUAAUUUAAUUUAUUUCAAGAGACAUUUAAACACGUAUUAUAUUUAGGACGCAAAUAAAUUGACAGAGAAAUGGAUUCGAUGACUCAACGCGAUCGCGAUUUAUUGGAGGAAUCGUUUAGCCUUUACGACACUGUUGGCGAUUCUAAAAUCGACAUAGGAAUUUUGGGUGAAGCACUUCGAGGACUCGGUUUAAACCCUACAGAGGGAGAUGUACAAAAAAUCGUAAAAGAAUUAGAUUCUACUGGUUCACGACGUGUCAGUUUCGAAGAGUUUUUACCAAUGUACCUGUCGUUAUCAGCGAAAGCUAGCGACCGACACAAGAAAAAUGUAACCGAUUUUAUUGAGUGCUUUCGUGUUUUUGACAAGGAACAGAAUGGCACGGUAUCAGCGGGAGAGUUACAACAUGUCAUGACCACUUUAGGCGAGCCGCUUACUCCAGCCCAAGUUGAUUUGCUCACAAGUGGAAUUGAAGAUAAAAAUGGCAUGGUUAACAUUGAAGAAUUUGUUGCCAUCGUGAUGCAGGGUUGAAUCUUCAUCGUGGAUGAUUCGUAAAUAGUGUAGAUAUUGUCAAUUUCGUACGGUUUUAGUUUUUUUUUGUGUGUAUUUUUUAAUUUAUAGCUAGCUACAAUAGCUAUUGUACGUGUUUUAGCUGCAUACGCUGUUCAACUUGUC